GUAAAAUAUAAAGUGAGAAAGAAGAUCUUUUUGUCAAAAAACAGGCGUCAAAAGAGCUCAAGACUUGGAAUCCACUUUCACUACCGGAAAUUAAGGUUGGUUGUUGGAUGAACUGCACAAGAUUUCGCAUUUGUUGUUACUCUACUACUCCCUCAGCCCACCAUUUCAAUCAAACAUUUCUCUCUCUCAAACAUGCUUCUGGAUCCACCAAGGUCGAUGACGCCCUCCAACUGUUUGAUGAAAUGCUUCUAAGACAACCUCCACCUCCCAUCGUACAAUUUACUAAGCUGAUUGCUGGUCAGCUAGUGUUUUGCUUCCUCUGCAGCACCUUGUCUUUUCUGCUUGAUUGAUUUGAAACUGAAUGUAAGGAUGAACCGCACAAGAAUUGGACUUUGUUUUUACUCUACUACUUCAGCCUCAACCUCCCAUUUCAAUCAAAGAAUCCUGCAUCUCAAAAAUGCUUCUGGAGCCACUAAGCUCAAUGAUGCCCUCCAACUGUUUGAUGAAAUGCUUCAAACACAACCUCCACCGAACAUCAUCCAAUUUAAUCAGCUCAUCACUCUUGUUGUAAAGAUGAAACAUUAUUCCACUGCUCUUUCACUCUUUAAGCAAACGAAGUUGAUGGGUAUUCCUGCUAAUAUCUAUACUAUCAACAUCUCUAUUAACUGUCAUUGCCGGUUGAAUCAAGUUACUUAUGGUUUUGCCUUACUCGCAACCAUCUUCAAGCAAGGUCUUCCACCUGAUUUGACUACCUAUAACACUCUCAUUCAUGGGCUUGUUCUUGCUGAUCGGGUCUUUGAAGCUGUUGAGUUAUUCAAGAAACUGCUUAGAGAUAAACUUUGUGAGCCUAAUCACGUUAUGUAUGGAACCGUUAUUAAUGGCCUCUGUAAAGUAGGUCACACUAGCAAGGCCCUUGAAUUGCUCACGUUCAUGGAAUCAGGCUCUUGUAAACCAGUUGUACAUCAGUACAAUACAGUCAUUAAUAGCCUUUGCAAAGACAAAAUGGUUGAUGAUGCACUAGAAUUAUUUACGCAUAUGACGGAAAAGGGUGUCCCUACGGACGUUAUCACUUACAACUCUUUGAUUCAGGGCCUAUGUAACUUUGGUCGAGAGACAGAAGCUGCAAAAAUGUUGAGAGAUAUGGAGGAUGUAGGAGUAUCUCCAGGUGUGGAUACGUUUAAUAUCUUGGUGGAUUCCUUUUGCAAGCAAGGAUCGGUAAAAGAAGCAGAGCUUGCUGUACAAGCAAUGGUACGAAGAGGUCUACAUCCAAACAUAAUCACUUACAAUGCACUAAUCGAUGGAUACUGUUUACGUGGUGAAAUAGAGGAAGCAGAGAAUGUUAUAGAUCGUAUGAUGGAGCAGGAUAUUGUGCCCGAUAUCAUCACCUAUAACAGCCUGAUAAAUGGAUACUGUAAGAAGAAGCAAAUUGAUAAGGCUAGGCAUCUCUUUCAAGAAAUUCAAGACAAGGGUUUGACCCCGAACGUUAUUACUUACGGUAUCAUGUUACAAGGUUUGUUUCUAUCAGGGCAUCCUGCAGCUGCUAGAGAACUCUUUAACAAGAUGCAAGAAAAGGGCCUGGCUCCCGAUAUAUGCACCUAUCGUAUCUUGUUGCAUGGAAUGUGCAAAAACUCCCAGUGUUCUGAUGCAUUGGCUCUCUUCCGUUCGCUGGGGAAUGAAGAAUUGAUGGAAGAUGUAGGGUUGUAUACUAUAUUGAUUGACGGUUGUAGCAAAUGUGGGAAGCCUAACGAGGCUAUGGAUCUGUAUGAUGAACUCUGUUUAAAAGGAUUAAAACCGAAUGUUAGGACAUAUACAGUGAUGAUAAGUGUGUAUUGCCAAGAAGGGUUAUUUGUUAAAGGUAAAAAUUUGCUUAGAAAGAUGGAAGAGAAUGGUUGUUUGCCAAAUAGCGUGACGUAUAACGUUCUUGUUCGAGAGUUGUUGAAGAAAAACGAGUGUCAGGAGGCAGAGAUAUUUCUCGAAGAAAUGAUAAACCGAGGUUUUAUGCCUGAUCAUGCUACUUUUGAGAACUUACUAGUCCGGAUACCAAACGUUGGAAAAGAUUCUCGUUUACGAACUAUCGUUCUAAAGCUAACAAGUGUAGAAAGAAAAGACGCCAAGAGUACUUAAUCUAACAUCUCGGUUCAUUUCUUGAACUUGGAAAAAUCAAGUUUGGGUGUUUGCUAAUUGCUGUAGAUUUCUUGCUUGCUUAAGUUGCAUAGAACAUGAUUAUUA